UUUCCCUUCUUUCAUUCCAGCGUACACAGCACAUAACAGACACACAAGCAUAUACACGGUAAAGUGUAAACAGCACUCCAGUAGUCAACUUUGUAGCAUCUUGUCCCGCGUCAGCCCAGCCGAGUCGGUUGUUGCCAAUCAAACAUGACUUAACGCUCAAUCCACUGUACACUUGUACUGGCGCAUUAAAGGAUUCGCUAUCAAGCCAUCUCGUGGCCCCUUUGUCUAUGUGAAUUGCAAACCAACAGAAAACCGUUAUUUCAUGGAUUUUGUUGUUAACUGCAAGCGGACGCUUAUAUAAAUUUGCCAGCAAGUGAUACAUAUAAACCUUGCAGUUUAAAUCCAACAACAAUGGCCGCUGACCACGCCCCGCACGUCCUCACCCCGCUCCGCCACAAAUCGGACCGUGAGGAGUUGCGGCCCCACAACGGCCGCAACAGCGACGAUAAUGUCCCGCGACGGGGAUCCAUCCGGGUGUUGCUAUCGCAGACUAGCAAAGCCCUCGGACUGCCCUUCAACGAAACGGACACACCCGAUCCGCUGCCGCCCACCCGUAACAAAGCCUUUCAAUUCCAACGUCAGGGCACCAACUCCUCGCUGGACGUACCGCGGAGCCCCCACUCCAUUGCCGGCAGUCUCGAUGACGCGACCAAAGGGUCAAGUCUGCAGCGAUGCUGUAAGAAGUAUAUUUCCCGUUUAAUUGCCCAUUUUAUACUGAUUAUGGUCAUGGGGGCGUACAUUCUCAUGGGGACACUCCUGUAUGUGUAUAUUAUCGGGCCGGAGGAGGAGCAGUUCGAGAAGGACCGGCUGACCACACCCUUUGUUAUUGAUGAUGUGAUGAAUUAUCUAAAAGUUCAUGUACUGGCCUAUUCUAAUGUCACGGAGCGGAAUGUGGAUAAUUUCAGAAUUUUUUUGUAUUAUCGUAUCCAGCAGGCCGGAGUGUAUGAGAAUAAGCGGGAUUUUUCGGCCGUAUCCGGUAUUUUGCAUUCGGUGUCCGUUAUUAGUGGAAUCGGCAUUGGAAAUCCUCCAAGGACACAAAUUGGUAAAGCAGUUACAUUUCCCUAUUGCUUCUUUGGAGUGCCUCUCUUUCUCCUGUUUCUUUACGUGAUUGGCGACGAUGUGGGCAAACUUAUUGCUGUCCUGUAUCAUCAGGCCGUGUGCUGCAGUAUGUGCCGGCACCGCGACAAGACCGUCAUGGCGCGCCAGUUUGCCGGCGGAGCGGAGUCGCUAAAUGAAAGUUACCGGCGAAUUCAGGCGUGCGUACCUGUGUCGCUGAUGUUGGUAAUUAUUGCUUUUUACGUACUGCUGGCUGUGCUGAUCUUCGGCCUAUGGGAGAACUGGGAUGCCGUCAACUCUAUUUAUUUCUGCGUGAUGACCCUAAUGACCGUGGGGCUGGUCGAUGAGAUCCCGGGCGAUAAGCCGGAUCGUUAUGCGGUCGGCUUUAAUCCGACGGCGGCGCUUAGCAAUACCACGCAUAUCCGCCGCAGUUUAGUUAUUGUCUACAUCAUCUGCGGCUGGCUGCUCAUCUCGGCCUGCUUCCAUGCCGUCGCCUCCAGGAUUUCUCUCCAUAAGAAGAAGAAACAUUUCAAACUCACACACCAAAGCCGCAAUACAUCUUUGAUAUUUCGCCAUAAUGCCCAGUCCAACCCGAAUUUCUAAAGCCAUUCCGGUCACUGCUUUGCUAAUAUGAAUGUCCCCCGCUCUGACCAACUGAUCAUCCACAAAGUCGCUCCGCACCUGACGCUAAUGGCCGCGGAUCAGUCUCAAACCGCGCUUUGUUGCACAGGAGCGCGCCCCGAUUAUCUGUGCGAAUUUCCCCCAUUUAGCAAAUCCGGCGGAAAAAGAAACCAGGUCACCAAAGCUAUGCGUGCUAAAGGUUGCAGUUGCCGGCUGGAUGGAAAGCUGUAUAUGUCUUUCUUUAUAUCCCUUAUUCCGCGCGGUGGUCAGUUGUAAAUGAAUCAAUGAUCUAAAUUUGAUUGCAAUUUUAUUGCUUGCCAUUAUCCAGCCAUGCAUGCAUACACAACAUGACGGUUUAUACAGA